AUGUUCAAGAAGUUGCGAGCCGCCGCGCACUCUUCGAAGUCAGGCCCAGAGUCUUCCCAAAACGUAGGCGACGGCCCCUACGCCAAGGAGAACCUGACCUUGCUGGAAGGAUUUGAAUGGUAUGCACCUGCAGAUGGCAAGCACUGGCGGCGACUCGCCCACGUGACAACUCAUUUGAAGGAUAUCGGCAUCGACUACCUGUGGCUUCCGCCGGGAUGCAAAGCAGAAUGGCACGGAAGCAAUGGCUACGACAUUUACGACCUCUGGGACCUUGGCGAAUUCGAGCAGAAGGGUCAUCGAGCUACGAAAUGGGGCAGUGGUGAGGAGCUUCUGGCACUCACGGAGGUAGCUCAGCGCAAUGGAAUGGGGCUGCUAUGGGAUGCUGUGUUAAAUCAUAAGUCUGCUGCGGACUAUGUUGAGACGUGCCGGGCGGUCGCGGUCGAUAAGAAAGACAGGACACGAGAAGUCUCUGCAGAGCAAGACAUCGAUGUCUGGACUGGUUACAACUUCGACGGCCGAGGAGGAAAGUAUAGUGAGAUGAAGUACAGGUGGCAACACUUCAGCGGCACGGAUUGGGAAGCCAAAAUGCAAAACAACGACAAUCUAUACCGUUUCGUUGGGCCCGGUAAGCCAGGCUGGGCGCCCGAUGUCGACGACAGCGAAGGCAACGCAGAUUUCCUUAUGGGCAAUGACCUCGACUACUCGCAGCCUGAUGUGCGGAACGAUGCGAUGCAGUGGGGAACUUGGAUCACAGAGCGCCUCGGUCUCGCAGGUUUUCGUCUCGAUGCUGUGAAGCACUUUUCAUCCGACUUCCUUCGCGCCUGGAUUGCGCAUCUCGAUGCGAAAUGUGACCCCAACGCGCCACUUCUGAUGAUCGGAGAAUACUGGCGUGGCGAGCUGGCCCCUCUUGGUGCCAUGAUCAAAAAGUUCGAGGGUAGACUUCGGCUGUUCGACGUGCCGCUUGCAUCUAAUAUGUCGAAGUUGUCACUGGAAAAGGAAAAGGGGGAUUUGAGAUCAAUCAUGGACAAGUCGUUGUUGAAGCACUCUCCAGGGCAAGCAGUGCCAUUCGUGCUGAACCACGACACUCAAACCCGCUACGAACGCGACCACUCCGUCAUAGCCAUGUCGCCUUGGUUCAUCCCGCUAGCCAACGCCUUCAUCUUGCUGCGUUCGGAUUCGAUACUGCCGUGUGUGUUCUAUGGCGAUCUUUAUGGUAUUAGCGGCGAGCAUCCGCUGCCACCAUCGUGUGGCGGCAAUUUGCCUAAGCUCAUCUUGGCUCGGAAGUUGCUGGCGUAUGGUCCGAUGAGGGAGUAUCUGGAUGAGGCCAACUGCAUUGGCUUCACGCGCUCGGGCGACAGUAGGCAUCCGGAGGGCCUGGCCGUCGUGAUAGGCAAUGCCAGAAGGGUGUGCUGGAAGCGGAUGAAUGUAGGCGCGGCUCACAAGGAUGAAGUCUGGACGGAUGUACUGGAAGCGGCAGCUGGAGAAGUCGUCAUUGGCCGCAACGGGUAUGGGAUGUUCUCGUGUGCGCCGGGCUCCGUCAGUGUGUGGUGCAGACGCAACAGCUCGGCGCGUGCGAAGAUUGACGACAUGAAUUUUGACUCCGACAUAUACAACAUGAAGCUGGAUUGA